CCCAAGGUUAUCCAUCCCCGCCAUGCCCAUCUUCCAGGACAGCACCGGGCUCGCCACCAAGUUCUUCAUCCAGAAGGACAUCCCGCACGAGAUCCAGGCCGACGUCUGCGAGACCAUCGCUACACUCGGCGGCAGGGUGGAGGCGAAGGUGCCGCGCGCCGGGUACAUCCUCAUCCAGCCUGGGACCGCCGAGGAGGAACGCCUCCGUCUCUGCUGGGCGAGCCCCGACCGCCCCGACCGCUACUUCGUGCCCUACACCUUCGUCGAGGCGUGCAAGAUACAUGGCAUACUCUUGAAGCAGAUUUUCAUACACGACGGGCAGCCGAUAAGGAUGCACAUCGACUCCAGCAUCGCGAACGUCAACGUGCGGGCCACAUUGAGUGCGCGCAUCAUGCACUCCGGUGGCGAUCCCACCGCCUCCGCCCAGUCCGCACGCGUCAUCCUCGCCGACCCGAACACGGACAUCUUCCACCACCUCGUCAAGACGUACCAGGGCGAGUCCGACAAGUACGUCGAGUCCUACCUGUGGGUGAAACGGUGCAUCGAGAAGGGCCAGGUCAUCUACACCCCUGUGAUCUACAAGAACCCCGGCGGACGCCGGCCUGGCGAAGAGCGGACUCAGUUUUCGGACGACGAUGAGGAGCACCUGUGCGAUUGGAUCGCAGCCAAGAUUCCGUACAAAAAGACGGGCGGCAGGACGGGAAACAGGCUGUAUCAACAACUCUGCGAAAUGGCGAGCGACCCAGAGUACGCCUGGGUGACGCGGCACACCUGGCAGUCCUGGCGCGAACGCUACAAGAAGAACGCCGCGCGGCUCGACGCGAAGAUCUCCGAAAUCGUCGAGCAGAAGAAGCCCGCGCACGGCGCGAAGGGCCAGUACGGCUACGUCCGUGCGCCCGAGGAGAAGCCGCGGCGCAUCCGGAUCAAGAAGGGGUCGCCGAGCAGCUUCAACGCGGGCGGCAGCGGCGCGGCGGGGCCCUCGAGCGUGUCGUCGGACAUGCAGGAGCUGGAAAACUUCCCGCCCGUCCCGAUGCCCGUCGUCCCCGGCGUGCUCGCCGCCGUCCCCCACGGCCCUGGGCAGGGCUACAACGCCCAUAUGAACAUGAACAUGAACAUGCACAUGAACGGGAUGCACGGGAUGCCGGGGAUGAUGUACCCUGGGGGCCCACCGCCCGGGCCCCCGCCGAUGGGCAUGCAGGGCAACCCGCCGAUGGCGGCGCUGACCCCGGAGACGGCGCGCCAGCACGCGACGGAGGAAGAGAUGGAGGACGACGAGAGCGAGUGGCAGAUCCGCGUCGGCGACGCGAACGCGCCCCAGCCUGCGUGGGCGAAGCGGAAGCAGGAGGCGGAGGGCUCGGACCAUGGAGGGAGCAAGAGGCAGCGCACGAGCGGGAGUCCGCCACAGCAGCUAGAGCCCGGGCCUGCGCCGCCUGACGCGCUCGCCCAGCAGGCUGGAUCUGCUGCGCCGGCAGAGCAAGCUCAAGAUAUACCUGAGGGAGCACGAGUGGACUCGCCAUGCGUCGACCCGAGUCUGAGUGUGAACGACAUCGCACAUGAGUUCCGAUUCACACUGGAGGAAGUGGAGGAGUACUACGCGAAAUACCAGGACAUCGCUCGCACGAGAGCACGCUUCAGGAAGAUGCGAGACGUCCUUGCUGCUCUCGAAGACGACGACUAGUUCAAUUUUGCCUCUCAUAAGCGUACAUCCUGCCCCAGGCUUGCAAUUUCUUGAAUGUUGUUUGUUGUAUAUUACUGCAUAUUCCACAUAUAUCCGAACACUUUUGGUGGA